GCCGCACUUCCUCACUUUCUCAACUGUCUCGCCCCACACCGCUCCCUGCCUCCUUUUUGGCUGGUUAUAGAGCAGAAUUCAGCACCCCCCGCCCCUCCUGAGAGCUGGCUUCCUGCUAGGUCGAGCUUUCGGGCUCUUUUCGUACUGCCCGUCGCUCGCUUGCAAGAAGGCUGGAUGGUUACACCGGGCAGGUUGGCUCCAUAAUGUUAGGGACUGUGAAAAUGGAAGGGCAUGAAACCAGCGACUGGAACAGCUACUACGCCGACACUCAGGAGGCCUAUUCCUCGGUGCCCGUGAGCAACAUGAACUCGGGGCUGGGCUCCAUGAACACCAUGAACACCUACAUGACCAUGAACACCAUGACGACAAGCGGCAACAUGACCUCCAGCUCCUUCAACAUGUCCUACGCCAACACGGGGCUGGGGGCUGGGCUGAGUCCCGGAGCCGUGGCCGGCAUGCCGGCAGGCUCGGCGGGGCCCGUGAACGGCAUGCCGGCCGGCGUGGCCGCCAUGGGCACGGCGCUGAGCCCCGGGGGCAUCAACGCCAUGUCAGCCCAGCCGGCCCCCAUGAACGGGCUGAGCCCCUACGGCGGCAUGAACCCCUGCAUGAGCCCCAUGGCCUACACCCAGUCCAACCUCGGCAGGACACGGGACGCUAAGUCCUUCAAGCGGACCUACCCCCACGCCAAGCCGCCCUACUCCUACAUCUCCCUCAUCACCAUGGCCAUCCAGCAGGCACCUAGCAAGAUGCUGACGCUGAGUGAGAUCUACCAGUGGAUCAUGGACCUUUUCCCCUACUACCGACAGAACCAGCAGCGCUGGCAGAACAGCAUCCGCCACUCGCUCUCUUUCAAUGACUGUUUCGUCAAGGUGGCCCGGUCCCCCGACAAGCCCGGCAAGGGCUCCUAUUGGACCCUGCACCCCGACUCCGGCAACAUGUUUGAAAACGGCUGUUACCUCCGCCGGCAAAAGCGCUUCAAGUGCGAGAAGCCGGCGAACAGUAAAGCCACUCAGGAGGGCAGGAAAGAUCAGGCCGGGGCCUCUAAUUCAAGCUCCAACUCCCCCCUGCACAGAGGCCACAACAAACCCGCGCAGCUCGAUACGGCCACCUCUCUCUCCAGCUCCAACCCGUCCACCAGCCCUCAGUCUAUGGACCACAGUGGAUCAAGCACGGAGCUAAAGACCUCGGCCUCGGCCGCCUCCUCCACCAUCAGCUCUGUGCCCACCUUGGCCUCCGUCCCACAUCCCCCUCACUCAUUAGCCCACGAACCCCAGCUCCACCUCAAGGGUGAUCCCCACUACUCCUUCAACCACCCGUUUUCCAUCAACAACCUCAUGUCCUCCUCGGAGCAGCAGCACAAGCUGGACUUCAAAGCCUACGAGCAGGCGCUGCAAUAUUCUUCUUACGGGGCCAGCAUCCCCGGCGGGCUGCCCCUUGGCAGCGCCUCCAUGGCUGGCCGGAGCAGCAUCGAGCCCUCGGCCCUAGAGCCCUCCUACUACCAAGGUGUGUAUUCCAGACCCGUGCUAAACACCUCCUAGCUGUGCAACCCCCGCCGCUGGGGCCGAGACCCCUCCUCCCCUUCCUGGCUUCUCUCCCCGCUUUCCCUGAGACAGACCAAGGUGUUUCCGCACGCUGCGUGCAAAGGACUGUUACUUUUUAAUUGUCUCGCAACGCGUUGUGUGUUGUUAUGAUCCACCACGACCUCCUGCAAAGCCGGCCGCGUCCCGCUUGUACAUACUCCCUCCGGCCCCUGCCGCCCAGCCCCUCUCCCCGGAGACCUCCCCAGCCUAUGCAGGGUGUUAUUAACAAGAAGAAAAAAAUGUUGAGCGUGUAAACUACUUGUUUGUGCUUUUCGCCCCCUCGUCUCCCUCCCUUAUGUGUUCUAUAAUCUCAUGUAAGUUUACAGGUAUGUGGCAAUACUUUAACAAUACAGAGAUGAAGAAGCAAGUAGACAUUUAAGACUUUUUUUUUUAAUUAAAAAGGCUUUGAAGGACAAUACUGCUGUGAAGUAGCAAAACACUAAGAGAAUCUCUAAGCAACAAGAGAACUAUUUACUUUCUCGGAUCAUCCUUUUGAUACUUGCAAAAUAAACCUUCGGCUACUACAACCCACAUAAAACCCAGAUGCUGCGGGCCGGAUCCUGCACUCCCGAGGGGACCAACUGGAGCUUUGGAGUGCAGGAUUCGACCCUUAUCUUUUUCCAAGUGUUACCUGUUUUUGGGAUGUAAUAUAAAGUUACAAGAGGUCACAGCCAGUUGGAUUUUUUUUUUCCUUCCCAUCUGUUACUGAAGAUUCUAGUUCAUCAGGAACUCUCAUCAACAUGUGGAUGACAUACUUAUUUAAUUUAAGUGUAUUCAUUGUGUAUCAGCUAGAACUGUUUAUCUAUAACCAGGUUAUUUUCCCCUCCCCUAGGAAACAUUGACUACUACACUGAUGCAAGGAAAAGAGGACAGCUCUGUCUCUCCCCCCUUUUCAAACUUGUCUAAUAAAUUUUUUUUUUUGUGGCCGUUUAAUUAUCGCCAUGGUUAGCUUAUUUCAUCCAGUGUUAUUGCACUUUCCACAGUUUUACACGGUGUUAGCAUAGCCAGACGGGUUUUAUUAUUAUUCCUGUUCGCUGUUUCAAUGUUCUUAAUUUAUUGCAUGGUUUAUAUUGUUUUCUUUCUUUACAGCUGAAAAUUGCUUUAAAUGACCGUAAAAAAUAAUUACACGUGAAUUUAAGAAAUUUUGUUAAUUUUAUAAAUGUGAUUGUAAUUGAAAAAAUAUUUUGAUUUAAAACGAUAACUGAGAAUUUAAUGCGUGAAGUAUGUUUUUGAUCAUUUGCAGUUAAGGACUUUAAAUAAAUCAAAUGUUAUCAAUGAAA